AUGGACGAGUUGUUUUCACAGGCACAAAUUAUGGAUGAAUUUUUGGAUAUCUGUGAUGGUGGUGGCCAUGAUCCGUUGCUUGUCUUGGAUGGUUAUGAGGACGAUGGCAUUCGACUCAAAUGUUUCUCUGAGAGGUUGUUUUCUGAAGUUCAGGUGUUGUGGACAGAUGGUAGAGGAGACAAUGUCACUGGGACUCCUCUCACCACUGGCACCACCACUGCUAAUACCAGCAGCUCCAUCAUUCUAAAACCCGGAUCUGGAAACUCUGUGUCCUGCAAAAUAAUUGAUAAACUGCUGAAAACAACAACAGAAUCUUCAGUUGUCGUUGCGGAAAAAGUCCAGAAUGAACUGGUUAAUAUCACUCUAGAUGAGAACUGCAAACAUCCCAGCCUCAUCAUUGAGGAGAAAAACAGGGUCAAGUCCUCCACCCAGGAAGAGAUCCUGCCCAAAGCGGUGGUGGUGGCUACUGAAGGUUUUUCAGAAAAGAAACAUUACUGGGAAGUGGAGGUGGGGGAUAAAUCAGAGUGGGAGCUGGGUGUGGGAGAAUACAGCUUAACUGGUGGGACGGAUGUAAGAAAUUGCAAGCCCUGCAGCAUAGUAGGUGUUUUCCUGGAUCAGGACCAUAAUGUGCUUUCAUUCUUUGAUGUUAAAGAAAAGUGCCUUCUCGUGUCUCUCCCUUUGGAGUUUUCUGGGAAUCUGUACCCAUUCUUCUGUCCAGGCUCUGAUGGAAAAUGGUUGGGAGUACGCCCUGUAUACACGAAAAACGCAUUACCCUCUCUGUGA